AGUAGAGUUCCGCUCCCAAAACAUUCACGCACCGCAGCAGCGCUCGUUCCGCCUCCCUCUCCCUCUCUCCCUCUCUCUCUCUCUCUGUGUGUGUGUGUGUGUGUGAGUGAAGCAGCAGCAGCAGCAGGAGGAUCAGAAGAGAACAGUCGCGCGCACUGAGCAGCACUUACCCUUAUCCCACCGCGUUUUGGUUGCGGUGAGAAAUCAAAGUGGGACAGGAAGAGAAAGAGAGGACACAAGUUUGUGUUCGUUGAUCUUUUUAUUUUCUUUUUCUUUCUUUUUUUCACCACAAGUACCUUUAUUUCAUUUAUUGCUUGACUCGUGGAGAGAGCAGAGCGCACGAGGACUGAAUGGUUGAUCCCAGCCCUCCAGUGCUGCACCUCCUCUCUGGUGGGAAUGUCAGCAUGGCAGGAGUUGGUGUCAAACUAGAACAGGAGGAGUUCGGCGAGGGAGGCGGAGUCAUUGCGACCAACGCCGAUCCUCCCAAAACAUCUCCUUCACGUGACUGGGCAGGAAAUCAGCCGGUGGAGGCUCGACAGCUGACGCCGCCACUGUCCCGCUCUCCCUCGGAGGGCUCUCCAGGUAAGGACCUGACACACGGGCAGAGCCCCAUGGGACUGAAGGAGAUCAGGACACAUGACCAACCACACGGGCAGUCCAGCUUCAAAGAAGUGAUGCCGACCAUUGAGAAGCUGCUGAAUACGGACUGGAAGGAGAAACUCUUGGAUAAAAGCACAGUGGGGGCAGGACAACUCAAAGGAACCCCGGAGUCUCUGGCAGAGAAGGAGCUGCAGCUGCUGAUGAUGAUCAACCAGCUGAGCGGUCUCAGGGAGCAGCUCCUGGGAGCCCACUCUGAGCAGAGGAACAUGGCCGCGCUGCUGCUGGAGAAGCAGCAGCAGCAGAUGGAACUGGCUCGACAGCAGCAAGAACAGAUUGCCAAACAGCAGCAGCAGCUGAUCCAGCAGCAGCACAAGAUAAACCUGCUCCAGCAGCAGAUCCAGCAGGUGAACAUGCCCUACGUGAUGAUCCCGGCCUUCCACCACAGCACACAGCCUCUCCCCGUCACCUCUGACUCCCAGAUGACCCUGCCACUGCAACCAAUCCCCUGCAAGCCAGCAGUGGACUAUCCCAUGCAGCUGCUCCCAAGCCCUCAUCCCACCCCCGUCAAGAGGAGCAGUGGUUCCUUCCGGCAGGAAGCGAGUCAACCCUUGAACCUGACCUCUAAGCCAAAGGGGCUGGAGCUGGGGAAAACACCCAGUCCACAGAGUCUGGAGCUGGGCACCCUGGCACUGCAGGGAGCCUACAGACCCAGAGACCUGCAGAGAGACAGUCCACCACGAUCUGCCCUCAGUUUCCUCGGCGACGGCGAUGUGGUCAGCCAGGCCAUCCAUGAUGCCCAACAACUCCUGAAGAACCACAGCAGCGGAGGGCGGGAGAGGGGGGAGAGAGGGCGGGAGAGAGACAGCGCUGGAAAGAUGGAGUAUAAAGGCUCUCCUCACAGCGAGAGAAUCUCUCACUCUGAGCGAGGUGAAGACAGACAUGAGGACCAUCUCAGCAGUGACUCUGAGGGUGCUCUCCCCGUCACCGUGCCAGGCAGCUACUCGGAGGCUCGGCCCCCUCCCUCCUCGGGCCACAUUAAGAGGCCGAUGAAUGCCUUCAUGGUGUGGGCCAAGGACGAGCGCAGGAGGAUCCUGCAGGCUUUCCCUGACAUGCACAACUCCUCCAUCAGCAAGAUCCUGGGUUCCAGGUGGAAGUCUAUGUCCAACCAGGAGAAGCAGCCGUACUAUGAGGAGCAGGCGCGGCUGAGCCGGCAGCACCUGGAGCGUUACCCCGACUACAAGUACAAACCGCGACCCAAACGGACCUGCAUCGUGGAGGGACGGCGGCUGAGGGUGGGCGAGUACAAGGCCAUGAUGAAGAGCCGCCGGCAGGAGCAGAGAGCCACAUACACACACAGUCAGCCAGAACCUCAGCAGAUCCACUACUCCCACAGCGAUGGCCAGUACCCCGGCGCCGCUGGCUCGGUCUCCAUGGCAACCAUGCCCUUUCACCCCGCGUUGCUGGAGCAUUACCUGCCGCAGGUGCCGCCCGCCCCACAUCGAGCGGAGAGCCACGCCACGCCCACCGCCCUGCCCAGGGAGCGAGAGAGGGAGCGAGAGAGGGAGCGAGAGAGGGAGCGCGAGAGGGAGCGAGAGAGGGAGCGCGAGAGGGAGCGAGAGAGGGAGCGGCCUCUGUACAGUGAAGGAGAGGAAAGUGACGGAGGAGAGAGAAGUGAGGGAGAACUGGUGCUCCUGACGGACUGAAGGGGGCGGGCUUGCUUUUGUUUGUUUGUUUGUUUGUUUGU